CCCUCCCGAACCAUCCCAUCCCCCGCGUUUUCGAACGCGGCUUCUCUCUCUCUCUCUCUCUCUCUCUCUCCCCCUUAUCUCUCCUCAAAAGCGCUUCGCCAAGUCGCGCGGUUCGAAACCCCGAUCGAAACCCUAAAUAUCAUGCUGGGGAAGAAGAAGAAGCGGAAAAUUGUGGAGAUCGCAUUGUGAGAACGAGAGAGAGAGAUGAAGGUGGUGAAGGGGACGAAUCGGAGGUACCCUUACCGCUCGCUUAUUCCCACCGCACUCCUGCUGGGGAUUCUCUUGCCCUUCGUCUUCAUCAGAAGCGCUUUUCUCGCCCUCGAAGCUGGGGCCACUCUUUGCCCAUCUAUUAGUUGCGUGCAAUGGACUCGGUUCUUAUGGGGAAGUGAUCCGUCUCUGGAUCUUAUGAAGGAGUUGAGGAGAGCUUACAUGGAUGAAACAAUGGGAGGAAGUCAUAUAGAUCCUGCAAAUUUGGAGGCUGCACCUGAAUCAUUGGAUGACCUGAUUGUGGAGAUGGGGUCCUCAUCCUCCUAUGAGCAUUUCGAUAUCAAAAUGUUUGUGCUGAAGACCAAGGCCAUGCUUCUGAAGAUGGACCAGAAGGUACAAACAGCUAAACUUCGUGCUCUGUACUACCGAAGAUUGGCUUCAAUUGGGAUCCCGAAAAGCAUGCACUGCCUCAACCUUAGAAUGGCAGAAGAAUACUCUGUGAAUGCAGCUGGCAGAUCCUCACUUCCGCCGCCCGAGUACGCCUCUCGCCUGACCAAUUCCCUGUACCUUCAUAUUGCCCUCAUAACAGACAAUGUCCUCGCAGCUGCUGUUGCCGUAUCUUCCACCUUGAAAAGUUCUGCAAAUCCUAGUAAGAUAGUCUUCCACAUUGUCACAGACAAGAAGACCUACAACUCGAUGCACGCGUGGUUCGCCCUUCACCCGACCUUUCCUGGCAUUUUGGAGGUCAAGGGCCUUCACCAGUUCGAUUGGCCCCCACGCGUGAAUGCAUUGAUCAUGAGAACUGUAGAUGAGAUUCAUAAGAGCUCAUUCAAUUUUGAUGUCUACAAUGGAAUUGAUAAAGAGUAUAGAAGACUGGAAGCUUUAAAACCAAGCACACUUUCAAUCUUGAAUUAUAUGAAGAUCCAUCUCCCACAGCUAUUUCCAAAGCUUGAUCGAGUGAUCGUCCUUGAUGAUGAUGUUGUCGUGCGAAAAGAAUUGAAUGGGCUGUGGGAUCUAAAUCUCAAAGGGAAUGUCGUUGGCGCAGUUGGCCUACAAGAGAGUGAUGGUUUUUGCGGUGAGAGGGAACUUGGUGACUACUUGAACUACUCAAAUCCUAUUUUAUCAUCGCCAUCAUUAGGUAUACAUAGAAACCAAUGUGCAUGGUCAUGGGGUGUGAAUGUCUUCGAUCUCAAAGCGUGGAGAAGGACUGACAUUACACAAACCUAUCAGUUCUGGCUCAGAAAAAACCGUGAAUCAGAAUUUAUGCUGUGGCAAAUGGGAUCUCUACCACCUGCGUUAAUCGCUUUCAAUGGCCGCGUGCAUCAUAUUGAACCUUCUUGGCAUUUGUCCGGGUUAGGGUGGCAUAAACCAGACCCUGAUCUCAUAGAAUCCUCUGCAGUCCUACACUUUAGCGGGCCAGGGAAGCCGUGGCUUGAGAUCGGAAGUCCGGAGCUACGCCAAAUAUGGCGAGCCUACCUUAACAGCUCCGACGAGUUCCUAAGAAGCUGUAGAAUUGUGGAAUGAAGGUUGAAGAGAUAAGAGACCAGUAGGCGAAAGGUUCUUUCGGUACUUAGCUAUUUAGCGCGCCGAGCAUCGUGUUACUUAUUUGUGGUAGGUAGAUCUAGGAAAUUGAGGAGAGGGAAGUAGGUAAUAGCCUGCAGUCUCUGCUCAAACUAGCUCUCCAUACUUAUUCUGUUGUUAGAUGAUAACUUGAUUGGUGUUGUACAUAAGAGGAGAGGGCCUAUAUGACCUUCAUUCGGUUAGUAUACAUACUAGAAUGUCAAUUGUACCUUUCUUAGGGUUUUGCCAUAUUAAAAUCUGCAUAUAUGGCAUUCUGUUGUACUUGUCUAUAUAUAUAUGUUAUGUACUUUCAUACUUAUA